CUUGCCAGAACAGCAAAAAUGUUGCUGUUACUUCUGUUAUUCACUGUAAGCUUUUCCCAAAGUUACUGUGGGUCAUUUGUCCAGUUCUCUGGCACAGAUGUCACUCUUGGUAACGAUUUGUUUAAUAUUACAUUUCGAGAAAAUGCCACUGCUAAAUCUGUUUAUAAGAAUGGUGUUAAUAUAAUUCAAACAAUUUCAAAUAACAUGCAGAGUUGGUAUCUGGAUUGGAACGGCGAAAAAGCUUAUUUUUCUCCUGGAGAAGUCCGUGUGGUGAGUAACUCGUCUGAGAAAGCCCAUAUAAGUUUUAUUCAAAAGGGAAUAACUGGAGUACUAGAUAUCGAGUUUCAUCUAGUGGUUCUCGAAGAUGUGAGUGGACUAUACCAGUACGUCAAGGCAUCAAACAACAAUAACGAAACAGUCAGUUUAGCAGAAUUUCGUACUGUAUAUCGCUUUGAUGAGACUCUUAUGCCAAAAAUGUCAAAUAUGGUACUGACAGGUUCACCUCCAAACGUAAGUGGCAGGCCCACUAUCCAGGAUACCACCUGGCAAUUAAGUGACGGCACAUAUUGGUCUAAAUAUGAUUUUUGCGGAUAUUUGCGGGAUACCCCUUGGUUGGGGGUAUUUGGAGGUGGAUUUGGUGGCUGGUUAAUCUCCGCUAGCAGGGAAUACCACUCAGGGGGGCCUCUUAAGCAAGAACUUAUGGUCCAUCAGAUUUCUUUAAUGCUUAAUUACUUCCAUAGUGGACAUUUUGGUACGGCAGGCCUACAUCCCGCACCUGAAUGGUCAAAGUUUUAUGGUCCUUACUUAAUUUAUAUCAAUACUGGAUCAGAUGAGGAGCUAUUAAAAGAUGUGGCUAGACAAACAUUGGUAGAACAAAGUCUGUGGCCUUAUAGUUGGGUAGAUGAUCCAGAUUACCCUUUAUCUAGAGGAACUGUAUCAGGUAAAAUAACGGGACAAACAAAAGCAAUGGUUGUCGUAUAUGAUGAUAAGGAGCAUGAAUUUGACGUGCAAUCACUGGGUUACCUUUACCAUAUAGAAAGUGAGGCGGAUGGUAGCUUUAGCAUAAAAAAUAUUCGGCCAGGAGAUUAUCAACUAGUUGCUUAUCCUUUAGCUGGACAGGGUAGUGAAAAUCUGGUCAGAAUGAAUAUUAGUGUAAAUGCAGAUGAAAUCCUUGAUGUCGGAUCACUCGAGUUACCAGAACCUACCAAUAUAAUCUGGUCCAUCGGCGAGACCAACAGAAAGUCCGACUCCUACCGCUAUAGUAGAGAACGGCGUGACUUCUACUGGCAUCUUCUGCCUCCUGCCAACCUCACUUUCACGAUCAAUAUGAGCAAAAUAGAUGUAGACUGGUACUAUGCACAAACUAGAUCUCCUGGUAUCUGGAAGAUCGCUUAUAACGAUAAGCCGGAUUCCAAUGGAAGGCUUUUGCGGGUGGCAUUUGCAGCUGCCAGCCAAUCGGCUUCAAUUAAUAUUCUUAUAAAUAAUAAGCUAGUGGGACAUCACGCUUAUGCAAAUGACAUGACUAUAUAUAGAGACGCUUUACAAAGUGGGAACUUCCAUGCUGAGCAAAUACAGAUCCCGAUGGAAUAUGUAGUGGAUGGGGAGAAUAUUAUAUCGUUUAGCUUACUGAGGGGAAUGGUUAUGUAUGACGCUAUAAGUUUAGCUGUUGAUGUUGGAAAUGAAGCGAUAGUUACUAUGGUCGAAUAAUAAGACUUUUUAAUUUUAAUAUAAAGACAAAAUACAAGUAAAGUGUUUGAAUUUAAAUAGUUUUUUAAAUUGAACAACGACAUUAUCAUAUAUACAUAUAUACAUAAUAAAUGACAUCUUGUUAAGCGCAAUUAUUAUUUGUUCUUUAAAUAUAUUUGCUAUUUGAAUUGUUUACCAAUGAAGAAAAAGUUGAUAUGCUGUAGGCUAUAUUCCCGCGAUAGACAAGAAGGUGGUUGUUUCGAACAAUACAUAUAAAAAGUUUAUAUUAAAACAAUUAUUUAAAUCUCA